AAAAGAAAAAAAAAAACCUCCCGCCAUAGUUGCAUUUGGUGACAUGUUGCGUAGAAACAAAGACCUGCUACCAAAGCCAAAAUCUUUAGUAAUCUUCACAGUUAUGUCUUCCUUCACACCCCAAUGGGUAGUUGCAGAAUCGCUUGAGGAGAAAAAGUACAGAGAAAAGGACAAGAAGAAGAAGAAGCUUGCAUUGUUUUAAUUAAUUAUUUAUUUUUUCUGUGACGAGAAACGAUGAAAGGCAAAAUGAAGAGUUCCAAACUGAAGUUGGGGAUACCUGCACUUUCCUUCCUUUGCUCCCUUUUCUUCGUUGCUGGCUUCUUUGUAUCUCCUCUCCUAUUUCAGGAUUUGGACGAUGUGGGAUCAAAGUCAAGAAUACUCCAAGAAUCUGAGAAGAAAGUAUGUGAACCUGUUGAGCAUGGUGAAUCUGGGGAAUCCUUUUUUGAUUCAAUCCCUUUUCAGAUUUUAAGUUGGAGACCACGGGCACUUUACUUUCCAAACUUCACUAGUGUGGAAGCAUGUGGGCAAAUAAUUGAAAUGGCAAAGCCAAAACUUGAACCAUCAAAACUGGCUUUGCGGACAGGAGAAACUGCUGAGAGCACAAAAGACACUAGAACAAGUUCAGGCACAUUUAUCAGCGCAUCAGGAGACAAAUCUGGCAUCUUAGACAUGUUAGAGAGGAAAAUUGCUAAAGUUACAAUGAUUCCAAGGAGCCAUGGGGAAAAAUUCAAUAUAUUGAAGUAUGAGGUUGGCCAGAAAUAUGAUUCUCAUUAUGAUGCGUUCAACCCAGAUGAAUACGGCACUGUUAAGAGCCAAAGGAUGGCUUCCUUUCUGUUAUACCUAUCAAAUGUUGAAGCUGGAGGAGAAACAAUGUUCCCUUAUGAGGGUGGUCUGCAUAUUGAUACGGAUUAUGAUUACCGAAAAUGCAUUGGUUUGAAGGUUAAACCACGACAGGGCGAUGGACUUUUAUUUUAUUCACUGUUAGCAAACGGGGAAAUUGAUAAGACUUCUCUACAUGGAAGUUGUCCGGUGAUUAAGGGAGAGAAAUGGGUGGCAACAAAGUGGAUUGAUGAUAAAGAGCAGUGAAAUACUAUGAUCUAAAUAUUGCGUAAAUUGGGUAUUGAAAUUCAUAUCUUCUAAAUUUUUCAAUAUUUGUAUUUUAAUAUUUAAUGAAUAUUAUAAUUUGGUCAUAGUUAUGUUACUUUUGAAUAAAAAUAUUGUUUAUGUACACUAA